AGCAUGUUGUUUACCAUCUUUCACCUCUUUAGUGUCAAGAUCAGUAUUCGAAUAAUUCAGCGGUAUGAAAGAUUGCGCAAAACAUCCAGCUAAAACAGAUUCGCUGGAAAGUUUGCAGGCAAAAUGCUGGCAGGAGACCUACAAGGGCGAAAGCCGAAAGUGGCUGAUUCGAGAUGCGUCUGGAAAAUCGCCUCAAGGGCCACUGUGUUCUACUAUGAAGGAAACUUACGUUUCUCCCAGUAAAGAAGAAAGUGAAAAGAAUAUGGGUAAACGAAAAGAGUAUCUUCUAAAGAAAUUCCAUGAAGAAGCGGCCGCAGAAUUGAAGCAGUCUGAAGACAUUCAACAAACCAACGACUACUGUACAGAAUACGAUGGGAAUUUUAAAACUAAAGGGUUUCAACCAGAUGAUCAGUUUUACAUGAAGGACACUGAGCAAUUCAAGGAAUUUCCUCUGUAUUCGUCGGCCCCACUCACAUACUACAGCUACAAUCAACAGAAGAAUCCUAAGGAUAUCCUGCCUGGUCUUACAAGGAUUACUGAUCCUCAGAGUAUUUUCAAGAGAAACGGCCAAUUCAGCAAACCAAUAGCAGAGUCGCUUGACUAUGUCGAGCUGUAAUGAAAUAAAUAAUGCAAUUUAAAAAAAUAUAUGUGCGUAUACGGG